AUGGCUUUCCUGGACGGUCUCAUCGACCUAAUGGUUCCCCUUAAAGCAGGCCGAUCCUCCAGUAGAAGUCACCAGGACGGUGGGCUUCACGCCGCAGCAGUUCGAUUCCAACAGGCCAAUGGCCACUUACCACGGGGUUCCAGGCCGAGCCCUGGGUUUCCAGCUGGAUUUCCCAACGGAGCAGGUCCAGGUGGGCCUCCUAGAGCACCAGUGCCGCAGUUUGGCACACAAAUGAGAUUGAUGGGGAACUCGAGAAGGUUGAAUGGGUAUGAAACAGACCAGCCAGAGGCAUUCAGACAGGGUGGUGGGCGACGAGGGCCGGGCCUGCCAGCUCUCAAUGCGAACCACUUCGCUGCCGUGAGAGGCAGUGAGCAAAGUUCACGUAGAGAUGGAUCGCAAGGCGGGCGAUCGAAUCGGGGAAAUAGUUCAGGAGCAAUUUCGAUGCGUGGUCGGUCAAGCGCAUCGAGAAUGGGUCGAUCGCAGGGAAGCCGGCGUUGCAGAUAA